AAAAAUGUAAACAGUGCUUGUUCUAGUUUACAGAAUAGGUGUUCAACCCACAUGUACCGAUUCUUAACCUAAAGUGUUCCAAUAUUCGUACUUCGGCAAUCUUAGGUUCAUUUAACCACUGCUUGCGAUCUGUCAACACCUAAGUUUCUAGAAAAUGGGACUUCUAACUGAAGGCUCUCCUCUUUCGUGGAAGGAUACGAAAUCUCACGCGGACCACGUUAGAAAACAUGGAAUAAUUCAAUUCAUAAAUGAGUUUAAGAGACUGCGGAAUCGUACCAAAGAUGUGCUGUAUUGGGGUGAUGAGGUUGAGUAUAUGCUGGUCAAGUUAGACCAUGAAAACAAGACAGCAAAACUGAGUCUGAAAGCUGAAUCUGUCCUACAGACUCUCCAACAAGUGGAAAAGGACCACCCAGAUGAUCACCCGACCACCUGGCGUCCAGAGUAUGCUUCGUACAUGGUGGAAGGGACACCAGGGAAGCCGUAUGGCGGACUCAUGGCACACUUUAACCUUGUGGAGGCUAACAUGAGAAGAAGGAGAAUGGAAAUCAAGGAAUGUUUAGGAAAAGAUGAAAUCCCACUUAGUUUGACGGCUUUUCCAAGGCUUGGUAGUGGGGACUUCACCAAACCACAAACCACGCCUACACCAGAUGCCGGCGCCUCAAGGUCACUGUUCUUUUCUGAUGAGGUCAUCUUUCAAGGUCAUCCCCGAUUCAGAACGUUAACAAGAAAUAUCCGAGAAAGGCGAGGUGAAAAGGUAGCCAUAAACGUGCCCAUCUUUAAGGACACCAACACCCCGAGCCCUUUCCUGGAGGACCUAACUCAGUAUGGGGACAAAGGGGAAAGCCAGAAAGGGGCCAAACCUGACCACAUUUACAUGGACUGUAUGGGCUUUGGAAUGGGUUGCAGCUGUCUCCAGGUGACGUUCCAGGCCUGUAACAUUGAGGAGGCUCGCACUCUGUAUGAUCAGCUCACACCUCUCUGUCCCAUACUGCUUGCAUUAACAGCAGCGUCCCCAAUAUACCGAGGGUUUGUGUCUGACCUGGACACACGAUGGACUGUCAUCUCACAAUCAGUUGAUGACAGAACAGAGGAAGAAAGGGGACUUAAGCCAUUGGAAAAGGAGAAGUUUGUGAUCAACAAAUCACGCUAUGACUCCAUUGACAGUUACCUCAGCUGUGAUAUUUACAGCGAUAUUGACCUUGUAUAUGACCGGGAUAUUUACCAGCAACUCAUUGAUGCAGGCAUAGAUGACCUGGUGUCCCGCCACGUAGCCCACCUGUUUAUACGAGACCCCAUAUCACUGUUCAGCGAGAAAAUCCACCAGAACGAUGAAGAGGAUACAGACCAUUUUGAGAAUAUUCAAUCGACCAACUGGCAGACAAUGCGAUUCAAACCUCCUCCUCCAAAGAGUAACAUUGGUUGGAGGGUGGAGUUUCGACCAAUGGAAGUGCAGCUUACAGAUUUUGAAAAUGCUGCGUAUACAACAUUCCUGGUGUUAAUGACACGGGUAAUCCUCACAUUCGGUCUCAAGUUCAUUAUCCCGCUGACAAAGGUGGAUGAAAACCUCCAGCGCGCAUUCAAACGAGACGCUGUUCUAGAACAGAAGUUCUACUUCCGGAAGGACAUUUUAACAGAUUGCUCUCCCCCUGAAGCUGAGGAGUGUAUUAUACAAUGUUGUGAUGGGCGCCAGUGUCGGCUCCAGGACCAAUACACAGAGAUGACAAUCAAUGAUAUCAUACAUGGAAAGGAUGAUUUCCCGGGCCUGAUUCCACUGAUAGAGCACUACCUGGAGAUGGAGGAGAUAGAUAUAGACACCAGCUGUACCCUCAAACAGUACCUUAACUUCAUAUCAGCCCGAGCCUCAGGUAAACUUAAAACCACCGCCAGAUGGAUGCGAGACUUUGUAACCAGUCACCCUGACUACAAACAGGAUUCUGUUGUCACAGAAACCAUCAACUACGAUCUUCUCAUGAAAUGUGCCAAGAUUUCCGAGGAGCAGUUCACAAAUGAACACUUUCAAGCUGAUACAGAUAAACUGCUUCCUCCGGUAGUGGAAACGAAAACCUCAGACGAAAUCCCACAGGCUGUUUUAAAGCAACAAGAAUUGAUAAAUAAAAAAGUUGCAAGAAAUGGAACAUUGAUGAAUGGAAAUUGAUGUGAUCUUAAAUUGUGUCAGUGUUUUGUCAACUUUCAACACAUAAUUUUUGUUACCUACAUGUAGGUUUUCACGUUGUACAAUCAUAUUGGGAUCAAUAACUAUAUUGUUAAAUUUUGUCAUCAAUGUGUGCAGAAACAUGGAAAAAGCAUUGUCGAGCUGAAAUUUAAUAUAAAAUUAGGCAUGAAACAAUCUUAUUUGAACAGUGGAAACAAGAUAUGAACAAAUGGAAUUCUGGAUGGCUAUGUUGCUUAUUUGACUCAAUGGGGAUUAUGUUGACUUUUAUGUGUCAUAGUUAUUUAGCAUAGGAAUGAAAAUUUAAAAAAGGUAUAAAACAAUAGAUGGAAUUUUAUAGCAUUUGUUCUAUGUCCUGUACGUCAUUCUGUUAAAAAUUAGUUAAAACUGAAUGUUUGAUAGUUUGAUACAGAUUUUUAUGACCCGAAGGUGGGCAUAUUAAAAUCGCACCGUCCGUCCGUGUGUCCGGCUCAAUGACUCGUGUCCGGACUGUAACUUUCCCUUGUAUAGACAGAUUUUUAAAUAACUUGCCACAUGUGUUCCACAUACCAAGACGACGUGUCGCGUGCAAGACCUGUGCCCCUACCUCAAAGGUCAAGGUCACACUUAGUCUUUAUUCACAAUGGAGUGCUGCAUAUAGGACUAAGAAUAUAGGUUGUCGUGUCCGGGCUGUAACUUUCCCUUGUAUAGACAGAUUUUAAAAUAACUUGCCACAUGUGUUCCACAUACCAAGACGACGUGUCGCGUGCAAGACUCGUGUCCCUACCUCAAAGGUCAAGGUCACACUUAGUCUUUAUUCACAAUGGAGUGCUGCAUAUAGGACAUAGAGUAUAGGUUGUCGUGUCCGGGCUGUAACUUUCCCUUGUAUGGACAGAUUUUAAAAUAACUUGCCACAUGUGUUCCACAUACCAAGACGACGUGUCGCGUGCAAGACCCGUGCCCCUACCUCAAAGGUCAAGGUCACACUUAGUGAUUAUUCACAAUGGAGUGCUCCAUAUAAGGACAUAGAGUAUAGGUUGUCGUGUCCGGGCUGUAACUUUCCCUUGUAUGGACAGAUUUUAAAAUAACUUGCCACAUGUGUUCCACAUACCAAGAUGACGUGUCGCGUGCAAGACCCGUGUCCCUACCUCUAAGGUCAAGGUCACACUUAGGUGUUUAUUCACAACAGAGUGCUGCAUAUAAGGACAUAGAGUAUAAGUUGUCAUGUCCGGGCUGUAACUUUCCCUUGUAUGGUAUGGACAGAUUUUAAAAUAACUUGCCACAUGUAUUCGGCAUACCAAGACGACGUGUCGCAUGACAGACCCGUGUCCCUAUCUCAAAGGUCAAGGUCACACUUGGGUGUUUAUUCACAAUGGAAUGCUGCAUAUAUAAGGACAUAACAGUGUCGGUUGUCAACUAUGGGUGGUAUUUUUUUAUGUUUAGAGGCAAUUUAAAAUAACUUGCCAUAUGUAUUUGACAUGUAAAGGCAAGAUCAACUUUUCAUGUACUGACCUUGUUCAUAGGUCAAUGUCACAAUCGGGGGCAUUCGUCACAUACUGUGACAGCUCUUGUUUUGAAUUAUUUUUACUUGUUAUGUUUUUCGUAGUAUAUUAUGAUUUAAUGUCUAUAAGAAUUGCUUUUAAUCCAAAUUUUUUUUUUUUUAUCCAUAUUUUUUUGUUACUGCUGGAAAGUGAUCAUAAGAUAUUGGUAUCAUUUCUUCAGCAUGCAAUUACCAUACAUCAUACAUACAACCAUGCUUUAAGUUUAAAAAUGCACUCUAACUCCCAAAUAAGCAGUACCACGUAAUUUAUCGAAAAGGAUGAACAAAUAUCGUAAAACAAAUCGAGGGGUGAAUGCCAAAAGGUUUUAACUGACAUUAAAUAAAGAAGCAGAUAGAACCUUUUCGCUUUCACCCCUCGAAAUGUUCUUAUGAAGGAUACCGUGUUUAACAAUAGUUGAUCACUAUAAAUUUUUGAUAUUUGUGUGUUUUCAUCUAUUAAAUACACAGUUAUGUUUAUUAGUAAUAUAUUUUACAUAAAUGCAUUAUUUAGUAAGUAGUUAAGGUUUAUCACUCAGGAUUUAUGUUUGUUAUACAUGCGUAUGUUUUAAUUUUAAAUACUUGUAUCACUUUAAUUCUUAUUCUCUGCCACAACUUUUUCUUUUUCAAGAUAUUCAAAUGAAACUCCAUACAAAUGUUGACAGAAACACCCACAUGGAUAACAAGGCCUGUCACUCUGGUCUCUCCCUUAAAUUAUUUUAAAGUAAUGCCCUUUAUUUACUGAAAAAAUAAGGCCCGUUUCUCUAGCAUAGUUAAAUUUCGAGUAAUGCCCCUUAUUUACUGAAAAAAUAAGGCCCGUUUCUCCCUCUUAGUUCAUUUACAAGUAAUGCCCCUCUUUUACUGAAAAAAUAAAUUAGAAAAAAUCGUUGGCAUACUCUCUGCAGCACUAUUGUUUAACAAUAGAAAGUAUGUGUACAUAAGAUUUUAUCACUUAUGUUCACUCAUGUUUUUAUGGGUGUUAUGGAACGCUUGAUACCAUUGUCAAAUAUGCCCAGAAAACUUUAACAUUCUGCUUCAUUGAUUAUGUAGUGUAAACAAAAUACAGGAGGUUGUUGACAAUGACUUUAUAUUUGCUUAUGUUAUGAAUUUUUUUAUGUGUUCUACAACAUUAUUGUCUAAUGUUAUAAGGAUCAUUUAGGAACGGUAUAAUUUUAUUAUAUUAUUAUAACCACUGAUGUUCUUAAAUAAGAAAAUGAAUGGUUAGAGUUUGGCAUUAAAAAAACACGAAUUUGAUCUCAAGGGUGAUAAAUUCAGAUAUUUGGAAUUGCUUCAUAUGAGUUAAAAUAUAUUAAGAAGUGGACUUGUAUAGCUUUUUUGCUUCCGUUCAAAUUCUGAAUUGUUUUGUAUUGAAAUAUACAGGCAUUAAAACCUUUUCAUGGAAUAAUAUAUGUUUCAACUAAAUAAAAAUGUCAUGUACCAGUUACAGUGGCUGUAGUUACACUUGUCAACCACACUGUCUGUCACUUGUGCACUAUCUACUUAUUUCACAGUCGUCAUCUGGGAGUUCCAUCUGCAAUAUACGGUAUUGCAUUAUUUACACACGUAUGGUUAACGGCUGUUUGUAUUUAAUUUAGUAAAUUAAGAAGCAUGCUUUUUUUAUGAUGGAACACUUGUUUGUUGGAGUAUCAACCUUAUGUUGUGUGUUAUAUAUAGCAGAAUUUGAUCACAGUUCCUCGUAUCUUGUGUAGAUCUAGUCUCAAAUCUUCCAAAGUUCUUAACAGUCACAAGCUUGAGUAGCAUAUACCAUUAAGCCUAUUUCGUUACUUAAAGAUGCACUCUUACUCCCAGAUAAGAUUACCACAAUUAAUAAUAUUGUUUUAAUGCUCCAAAAAGGAUGAAUAAAUGUUGAAAACAA